CACCCACUCCCUCUCGGGCCUACUCCCAGAGUUUAUUCACAAAAAUAACAGUCGUUGACAGCAAUUUAAGCAAAAUAGCUAAUUUAUAAAUUUCAACAAGUGUCUAAAGUUGACUGGAAUUUUCUAAUUUCGGGUGAAAUAUAUUUUAUACGACACAUCCGGACCUUUUUCCCCUUUUAUAUUUUUUUUAUGACCUCAUUUGUAUCGCGCAUGCGUACAAUAUUUCAAUAUGGCGGAAGAGAAGGGGUGGGAGUUCGACAGUUUUGAUGACGGUUCUCUGAAAAUUGUUGGGGAGGUGCAGUUAAAAAGAUAUGGUAAAUUUCUUGAGGACUUUGCCACUCAGUUAAAAGAUAUAGAAGAUGUUAUUGAUAACUCUAUAGGAGAUGCCUGGGAUUUCACAUUGGAUCCUAUCAAAUUACAAUUUUUACCUUAUGAACAAACAUCUUUGCUUGAUUUGAUUAAGACAGACAACAAGGUUUUCAAUAAAGUUAUAACAGUGUUGGCAUCAUUAUGUUGUGAAACUGAUCAACUCAAAUAUGAAGCAAAGAAUAAGUUUUAUCAUGGCCUUUUGUUAUAUGGAGAAGGGGAUGUUGGGGACAGUCAAGAAGAAGGUGAGGCUCAGAUACAGAUUGGCAGAAUGCUUCCUUUGUUACAAGACUUGUCGUCAUUUGUGUCACGGUGUUAUGAAGUUGUAAGGAACAUUAUUCAUCAAAUGGCCUCUCUCUACAGUAGAGAUGGAAGUCCUAUCAUUGAUGUUUCCCAAGUUCAUUUCCAGAGUAUUUAUGAACAUUUGGGUGAUUUAUUGACCGUGUUAGUCACAUUAGACGAGAUUAUUAUAAACCAUGUUACAUUAAAAGAUCAUUGGACAUUGUAUAAAAGAAUGUUGAAAUCAGUCCGGCAUAAUCCAUCAAGAUUUGGAAUUGAAGAAGAUAAACUUAGACCAUUUGAGAAACUUUUGAUGAGAUUGGAGGGUCAGUUAUUUGAUGGAAUGAUAUUACAAAAUUGUAUUGAACAGAAUUUUGAUAACAGCAACUUGUUUGUGUCCAAAAAUACUGCCUUUGCCGAAGAGUUUGCAUUUAAUAUUCGGAGCAUAUUUGUGCACAUUGAACCAAAACUUGGAGAUGUACAUGAAGUUGAUCAACGUAUGCAGUAUGUCGGCGUCUGUUCUCUCUAUGUCUUACAUUUUCAAAUAUUUAGAAUCAUUGACAAGAAAGUAUUUAAAAUACUCUGGGAUGUAUAUAAGAAGGUUCCUGCCAUCAAUUUGAUAGGCACUAUCAUGUGGUUUGCUGAUGACUUCCUCAUGGUCAGACUCUCUCCACAUAUAUCUAAAGUUCUUGACAAGAAAUCACAACAGGCUGCUCAACAUCAGAGAAUUAAUUAUCUUCAACAGAAAGGCCAGACACUUGUAAGAGAUGUACAACAAUUAAACAUGCAAGUUUGUUCAUGGAUGGUGCAGAUAGAGUCUAACUUAUCUAAAGGCAACACGCUUGUACAAGAACUUCAUAAUAGAUGUCUGCUCUUCAUACAGGGUUUGAUGUAUGCCCAUAAUAUUGGUCACAUAGUGAGAACAGUGAUGAAUCUACAUGUGGUAUUGAAUCAGCCAAUGACUCGUACUGCAGUACUAUCGCUUUGUAAACUGAUAGAGUUAUUAAAGUCAAUUGAGUAUACAUUCCAUCAUCGCACCAUGUUAAUAGCAGAGACUAUUAAUCACAUCUUACAACAUCUACAGUUUAUGGCAUUGGCGGCUAUUAACACUGCUAAGAAAAGAAUCAUUUCUGAUAAGAAGUAUAGUGAAAAAAGAUUGGUGAGUUCAUUUUUAUUGACUCCCAUCUUGCAUCUGGCGUGUGACUGUAGUUUUCUUUACUGGCAUCGAGUCAUUUUUCCUAUUUAUUUGAUGGACAAAUAUGAGAAUUCUUUGGAUGCUUAUAGAAUUCAUUACAUGUUUGCUUCUUUGGCGGAUUGUGUUCCUCCAAUGUGGCAAGUCAAGCAUUUACCAUCACCACAGACUCUAUUGGAGGUUUACAACAAAGAAAUAUUAUCCCAUCUUAAAGAGCAUCUGUUGGAUCGUCUAUGUCGUGAUGUGGAAACAGAUCUCAGAUUAUCCAUCCAUACUCACCUUCAAUUGGAUGACAGAAAUCCUUUUAAAGUCGGACUCAAGAAUAUGAAUCAAUUUCUACUUCUCAAACCAAUAAAAUUCUUUGAUAAUUUUAUUGAUGUUAAAGCUUAUGUAAGUCAUUAUCUGGAGAAAACCUUCUAUAACUUGACAACUGUGGCUCUGCAUGAUUGGAGAACUUACGCAGAGAUGAGAAAUCUAGCGUCUGAGAAAUACAACCUUGUAAUGAGUGAAUCUCAUUUACCAAGUCAGACAUUAGAACAGGGCCUGGAUGUUCUUGAAAUUAUGCGCAAUAUACAUGUGUUUGUAUCAAAGUACUUGUAUAAUCUCAAUAACCAGAUUUUUGUUGAGAGAUCAAGUAACAACAAACAUUUAAAUACAAUAAACAUCCGCCAUAUUGCAAACUCUAUACGUACACAUGGCACUGGUAUUAUGAAUACUACAGUAAAUUUCACUUAUCAGUUCCUACGUAAGAAGUUCUUUAUAUUUUCUCAGUUCAUGUAUGAUGAACAUAUCAAGUCAAGAUUGAUUAAGGAUCUGCGAUACUUCCGAGAGAACCACGAACAAACUAAUGAGAUGUACCCAUUUGAGAGAGCUGAUAAGUUUAACCGAGGAAUACGAAAACUGGGACUGACACCGGACGGUCAGAGUUAUCUGGACCAAUUCAGGACACUUAUUAGUCAAAUUGGUAAUGCCAUGGGAUAUAUCCGUAUGAUAAGAUCUGGUGGACUUCACUGCUGCAGUAAUGCCAUCAGAUUUGUUCCUGAUUUGGAAGAUAUUGUGAACUUUGAAGAACUGGUUACAGAAGAAAAUAUGUCUGUAGAAGUUAAAGCUGCAGCUCAUAAUGUAGAUGCUGUUAUUAAUAACCUUGCCAAGAACUUUGCAGAGGGUACUGAAUAUUUCAAGAUGUUGGUUGAUGUAUUUUCUUCCGAGUUUCGUAAUCCAAAGAAUAUGCAUCUCAGGAAUUUCUACAUGAUACUCCCUCCUUUGACUCUGAAUUUUGUUGAAUAUUCUAUUGGUUGUAAAGAGAAGUUAAAUAAAAAGAACAAAAUUGGUGCGUCUUUCACUGAUGAUGGUUUUGCCAUGGGUGUCGCAUAUAUCCUAAAGUUGUUGGAUCAGUAUCAUCAGUUUGAUUCAUUGCAUUGGUUCCAAUCAGUACGGAGUAAAUACAUGAAAGAAAAGCAAGCUGUCUUGAAGCAGCAGAAGCCAGGAUUUGGUCAAAGUGAUGAGAAAUUAGAGCAAACAAUGGUCUUAACACAGAAAAGAUUAGAUAUGUACCAACAGGAAUUUGAUUUGUUAUACUACAGUUUAAGUAGUGCCCGUAUAUUCUUCCGAGCUGACAGAACUGCUGCAGAAGAACAGGAGGAAAAAAAAGAUGAAGCCAAAGCAACAAAUGACAUUGACUCAAAGACAACAGAGGCUGCAGCCAUUGUUUGAUGGAUAACAGAUUUUGUGACGUACCAGGAUGCUAACUAUAUUUAUAAAACUGUCCACAUGCUGAUUUCAUGUCAUACUCUUAUCACAAGACUAUCUAGUUGUUAGUCUAUAAAUAAGACAAUAGAUUAUUAAAGCCCACAGAAUGAUGUGAAUUGAAAAAGAAAAACACUGUAUGCUCGUCUUAUAUUUGUUUUAACUACAUUUUUAUCAAAUUAGUUUUAUUUGUCAGAACUGCAUUUUGCAUGUCUAUUAUAAAUGUCCAGUUAACUAGGUUAUUAGAUACAUGUAGCACUUUUUGGACCACUCAAUUAUUAGACUGCGUUAUUGCUUCUCUCGUACGUCACCCUCAGAGAGUGACAAAUUGGUCAUUUGGUUGACAGCAUUAUUUCACCCUUCUAUAAAGAAUACCGGGGUUUGCCUGGACAACAACGGUAUUUCAUACACACAUCAUAUACAAAAGAAAACUUUAUUAAAGCAAGUCAAAGUGAUUGUAUUUUGAAAAAUCAUGUUCUAAUGUAAUUACAGUUUCAAAAUAAAUAUAUCUGACAA